UGGAACGAACCUUCAGUUCAGUUGAGUCGCAGUUGCCGAACGGAGCGGAUCGAUCUUGAGAGUGAAAAGUGCUUGUCAGUGAAAAUAAAGCCCUUGAAUACCCAAAUAGAAACCAGUACAGUGCGAUCAUGUCGCAUCACAAUUAUACCAACCCGGCUUUUUGCCAAAACAGUGAAUUCUAUCCAGUUUCCAGUAACAAAUCAGCUCACGUAGAGUCCAUCUACAAUAGGAGCUUGCAAAUGAAUUUUGGGGCAGCUCCCCCGCGAUCGGCACACGCCACACCGACUAGAAAAGGCCAAAUGCAACGUAGCAUGUCCACGCGAUCGGUGACGCGGAAGCAGUACCAACAGCAGCAGCAGCAACAGCAGCAGCAACAUCAAAUAAAAAACCAACAACAGCAGGCCAAUCAGCAGCAAUCCAGUGGCCGGUAUGCCUUGGUUCCCUUGGAGGAGCUGAACACCAGCAAAGCUGGUAGAUAUGCUAUAGUUCCUGGGCAGGCGGCCCAGAGGUUGGCCAGAUCACAGGAUAAUCUAGAUCGGUAUGGCUCGCGGUACGGCAUACACGAGGACGAGGAACCGCACUCCUUCCACGAGGAGCCCCACCAGGAGACCCAGUUUGCCAGCUUGCCGCCCAUGAUCAAUCUGCCCCCGAAACCCAUCACCCGGAACAACAACAACAGCCAAGCCCCCAACCAAUCAAUCAAACACGCUUUCAGUAGCGAUUUCGGGAGUAAAACCUUUCUGAUUGUGGAUAAGAACAGCAACCAGCGAUACCAAAUGGUGCCCACUGCCGAAGACGAGGAGCUGGUGGACGAGAACCAGGAGAUUAUCCAAAUGCACAAUGGCCGUGCCCACAGGUAUGCGAUGAUACCAACAGAAGCGGACGAAGAUGAUUUGCCACAGCAGGACCAGGAGGAGCAGCAAGAGACCUGUCUGAGCACCACCGAGAUCUCCCAGCAAUUCGCAGCCAGGACUUCUACGCCGCAGCAGAGAAAUGCGGCAGCGGCAACCAGGGCGCUGCACGAACUUCUGGUCACGCCAAGGAAGAUGCAGCCGCCUCCGAGGCUGGCCCAUUCCACGCCUCGGAAUGCCGCCCACCUGGAGCAGUUGCAGCUGGAGCGCAGGUUGCAAAUCUACCAGAGCCAGCAGGUGCUCAGCCAGUUGGGAUCGGGACCACCCGCCCUUCCCCUUCGCCAGAAUAGACUUUCGCCCCAGAGACUGCAUUACGAGACGGUGAAACCAGCUCCUCUGCAGAUUGCAGAUCGCUCGAUGGCCGUCAUAAGCCCUAGGGUUCAGGAGCAGCAGGAAAGGGAUCAGGACAUGAGCAGUAUCCAGGGAAAGCCCCAGAACAACAACUCCUAUCCGCAGAAACUGGCAAACGCCACAAUUACCUUGGCCGUUGUUUCCCUGAUGAUGGUUUUGGGCAGCACCAUGAAUUGUGGAUUGGCCAUCUAUAUGAUUGCUCACUUUGGAAAAUCCUUUUUCUUACAAUUCAGCCUGGCCUCCUCCUUCUGUGCUGUGGGCCUUGGAUUCCUCGGAUUCAGAUCGCGUCACUGCGAAUGGUUGCCCAACAGAAGCUACAUAUCCGGCUACAUCCUGGUGACCGUGUUCUGCCUCUUCAAGUGUUGCGGCCUGCUGGUGAUCCUUGUUUGGGAUCCCUUCCCAGGCCUGCCUGUCCACGACAUAACCUCCGGAGUCAUCCUUGGGCUAUCAACCUUCACCGUAGUGUUUAUUGGCUUGGGCGUGCUGGGAAGUCUCUGGUGCAACCGCCCGCCGCCAGAUAAUCGCGUGAAUGUGGUUUAAUUCCCAAUAAAAAUUAACUAAGCUUGAGAUUUAAUAUUAAAAUAGUUGUACACCAGAUCCAAUAACAACAUAAAAACUUGGCACACCGACGGCUAAAAGACCAAAAAGAAGUAUUAGACUUUUAAAGAGAGGAAGUUCAUCAUCCCCUGAAAAGACUGUAAAUAAUAAGUGGGUUGUACUUACAUCAUAAUAUCUUAGAGUAUGCUAAGAACGGUUAUUCAUUAUUAAAUUAUUAAAUGUAUUAGUCUAAGAAAGUUAAA